AUGCCUCCAUGCUCACCAAAUCCAGAGGGCCUGCGGGCCACCCAGACCUUACGCAGCACCCCAAACCGGCUAAACUCGUCCUCGACGUCCCGCUCCGGGAUACCCUCGGGAAGGUUGCCUGCGUCGGACACACAAACGCGUUCUCACUUUGAGGGUGAGUCCAAUACAUUGAAUCAUGGGCAGGAAGCAUCCCCUGCGCUGCGGGAGCACGCCCGCCCACCCUCGUACGCACCGAUCCAGACUUUGGCCAUGGCAGAAAGGAAUCUUGAGCGGGCUAGGCAGUAG